UUGAUUUGGUCAAAGUAACGAAUUAUUUUUCAUCUCUGGGAGCCCACACCAGAGCCCCUCCCUCUAAGAAAACCAAAUUUUGGCCGCUGGUGCCGCAGUUCCUCUCACAGUGUGAAGUCAGUCUGGGCACUCCGGCUGUUCACGUCUACGUGCAGCUUUUGUUUUCAUCUCGUUGCGUGUUUAAUCGGAUGGGAUCCGAGCACAAAAGAAAGUUGCCACUUCUGCGUAAAAGGAGCGAUUACGCAGAGCCUCGACAGAAGAGAGGCGCAUCUCACAGGAUGCGAUCCGCACGCUGAUGCGCACGCACGGUGUUGGACAAAGUUGCACAAAGCGCCUCAUUCUGCACAAGUACUGAUUUGUUUGGAGAGACACGAUGGCUGCGAUACGGAGAAAAUUUGGCGAGGACUACCAGGUGGUGAACACCAACCGGGGCAUGACUUUCUCCGUGCCGGGGAAGCGAAAGCGGCAGCGCUUCGUGGAGAAGAACGGCCGCUGCAACGUGCAGCACGGUAACCUUGGCGGGGAGACCAGCCGGUACAUCUCCGACCUGUUCACCACGCUGGUGGACCUCAAGUGGCGCUGGAACCUCCUGAUCUUCAUCCUCACCUACACGGUGGCGUGGCUGGUCAUGGCUUCCAUGUGGUGGGUGAUCGCCUACAUCCGCGGCGACUUGAGCAGCGGCGGCCACGACUCGUCCUACACGCCGUGCGUGGCCAACGUGUACAACUUUCCCUCCGCCUUCCUGUUCUUCAUCGAGACUGAGGCGACCAUCGGGUACGGCUACCGCUACAUCACAGAGAAGUGUCCGGAGGGGAUCAUCCUGUUCCUCUUCCAGUCCCUGCUGGGCUCCAUUGUAGACGCGUUUCUAAUCGGCUGCAUGUUCAUCAAAAUGUCGCAGCCCAAGAAGCGCGCCGAGACGCUCAUGUUCAGCCAGGACGCGGUCAUUUCGCAGCGGGACGGCAAGUUGUGCCUCAUGUUCCGCGUGGGGAACCUGCGUAACAGCCAUAUGGUGUCCGCUCAGAUCAGGUGCAAACUCAUCAAGUCUCGGCAGACCCCAGAGGGGGAGUUCCUGCCCCUGGAUCAGUGUGAACUGGAUGUGGGAUUUGGGACCGGGGCGGACCAGCUCUUCUUAGUUUCCCCUCUUACCAUCUGCCACGAGAUCAACACCAACAGCCCAUUCUUCGACCUGUCGCAGCGAUCGCUCAUGAACGAGCAGUUUGAGAUUGUCGUCAUCUUGGAGGGCAUCGUGGAGACAACCGGUAUGACAUGUCAGGCGCGGACAUCUUACACAGAGGACGAGGUCUUGUGGGGCCAUCGUUUCCUCCCCGUCAUGUCACUGGAAGAGGGCUUCUUCAGAGUUGACUACUCCCAAUUUCACAACACUUUUGAGGUCCCCACUCCUCCCUAUAGUGUCAAGGAGCAAGAGGAAAAGUCAUCCCUGACCUCUCCAAAGCCCUUACCUGUAGCACACACCCCGACCUCCCCACUGUUGGGUAACGGAGGCCGUGGAGGCCGCAGAGAAAGGCUCCCGUCUGCUGAUUACCCGGACCCGGUGGAUGACCAAGUGACCAGAUUGCCCAGCAAACUCCAACGCAUGAGCUCCUCCAAGGAGGAGCAUCUCUGGUUGGGGCUGAAGGCUGGGCCGGCCUUACCUGGGGGGAAGGCCUCCAGCACAGGAGACCUGCCGCUCAGUAUCCAGAGGCUGAGAUCCAGCUCCAUCCCUGCUGCUCGGCAUGGAAAUCCAGAGGAGCAAGUUCAGCUUUUGGCUUUGGAUGGAGAUGUUGAGGAGGAGGUGGAGAAACACAGACUGCCAGCAGCUGUUAGUACCAUCAUCCCAACAUCAGUCCAGGUCUCCUUAGUAGGAAGUCGACCAGAAGAUAAUCUGCCUCCGAAACUUCGGCGGAUGAAUGCUGACUUUUACCUCUAAGACUAAGAAACACUGACAAUUGAAUCAGGCUUCAUGGGCAUUGCUAAUCGACUACUGUGACUUCUAUUUUUUUCUUCCCAGUAUUUUAAAAUUUACUUACUGGCUCAGUAACAGGUUCUGUAAUAAGUUGUCUGUUACCACAAACAGGACGCCGAUAAGCCAUCCAUCCGCUCAUACUGUGAGUCAUUUUUCAGAGAUCACCACCUGUGCCCCUCCCACUGACCUCUGACAGCUUUUGUCAUUCACUUUUUGCUCUAAACUAACAGAAAAGGGUUCACUGUUUUGAAACAUGAAAUGAAACAGUUGCUUUGGAAGACAGCUUAGUGUUUCGUGAUGCCUAAGAUGCUUAAAUUAACUAUUUUGUUUCAUUUGGUUUUUCAGAUAUAUAUUCCAUUCACUGAAAUGCUUGAAGCACUUAUUUAAGCUGUUGCUUUAUGAAGUUAUUCUGCGUUUUGAAACGUAUAACAUACUGAAGGUCACAUUUACUGGACAGUGGAGACUCAUCACUUCAGCAAAUGAUUCAAAAAUCUCAAAUUCCUUUAAACCAUUUCAGAAAUAUUUGAAAUAAUGAUUGAAAUGAAACAAUUCAUUUAGAAAUUUUUUAAUAUUUUAAAAUGUUUGAAACACUAAAUGAAUAAACAAAGUGGUUUGGGGAAUAGUUUCAAAAUGUUUACAGCACUGGUGCCAUCCAUUGGAUGGUGGACAUUCUUUAGCUCUGCAAAAAUCUCAACACUAUGAAAGAAAGUGUGGAGAAAGUGGAGAUCCAUUGUUAAAGAGAAACACGUCGUCUCCACUCGAACUACACCAGAAACACUUUACCGCCACGCUUGGAAUGAAAAAAUAGCUGAAUCAAAGCCAUAGAAAUCUGAGCAAAGGGAUUUUUGUGCCAGUAGAGCACCACUUUCUCCACCGUCUGCAGUUUAGACCUUUCUCAAGUGAAGUGCAAAUUUUUUGCAAAAGAAGAAUCGCUGAAGAUACCUUAACACUAACUGAAGCUUUUGAAAAAGAUUCAGUCUUUUGAAAUGCUUAAUUAAAUAAUUCAGGCAUGAGAAUUCCAUGAGACCGACGUCCUGCAUCGCUUCCUGUCCUUUCUGUGUGGAGUUUGCAUGUUCUCCCCGUGUCUGCGUGGGUUCUCUCCAGGUGCUCCGGCGUCCUCC